CAACAAAAUCACUUGGUUAGAAAAUGAGGUUGUAUUUGGGACUAGUUUUGGUAUUGGUAGCUGCGGUAAAUUCAUUACAACAUGGAUUUCGCAUGAGGAGUUUCAACAAGAGACUUUUGGAACCUGAGAUCAAUAAAACAUUAGAAUGUAUCAGAGAAAACUUGAUUACUGGUAGACCUGAAGAAGGUGUGCCUUCAUUCAAACCUUUGCAUAUUCAGAACAUUAGCAUUGACUUUUCGCAAUUGGGUUUUGAGGAUGCUCAUGGCUUGUUGGACUUAAAGGGAAUAGAGUUGGGUGGAUUAACUGACUGGGAUCUGCAGGCGUUAGAAGUGAACUUGGGAUUAGAGGAAGGAGUUAGUAUUUCGGUGGAAGCUUUCGUGAAUAUUCCAAAUUUGAAAGUCUUGACCGGAUACGUUGCUAAUGUCACAGUGGAAAACGUUUAUGUUUGGGGCGAUGGAGAUUUAGAAGCAGAUUUAGGAAAUUUUGGUAUCAAAUUAGAUACUAAAAUCAAUACAAGUGGCCCUAAGAUUGAACAUAUCAAAAUCUUAAUAUCUCUGGAAUCUUUCAAAGCUAAACUCACUGGACUUUUUGACGACGAUGAACAUAGUGAAUUGGUAACACAGCUUCUUAACCAAAUUGUUUUAAAUUGGGUUAAUGAGAAAUCCGAAGACAUCAGUGACGCUUUGGAAGCUCUUCUUAAAGACUUGGUCAAUAACGCACAACAAUACGGCUUUGAUACAAUUUUAGAAGAAUGUAUAAAUAAAUAGAUUUUCUAUUGUUUAAUAAAUAAAAUGCAUUGAAUGAUUGUA